AUGGCAGACAUCGAAGAAGCGGACGUGCUGUUCCGCAAAUCUGAUGUCAAAGUCAAAUGGCUCUCCAAGGAACGUCUGACGCUCCUCCAGCUUGCUGAGAAGCACGGUUUGAAGCCCGACUACGGCUGUAGAAGCGGUGCAUGUGGAACGUGUGAAACGAAACUGUUGAAGGGAGAGACGCUAGGCCCAGAGGGUGAUCUUCCGAACACGAUCUUGAUCUGUUCUUCUCAGCCGGCGAGUGUCGAAAUCGAACUUGAGCUUUGA